ACUUUCUCUUGCCCCUUUUUUGACGUAAAAAUGGCGCCCAUUCAUAUUAAUAAUUGAGAAAGCAACAUGCAAGACAAUGAUGUAAUCGCCUACGCAAUUGCCGCCACCAGCUACUAUAAACCCCCCUCUGUUUUACACAGUAGUUGAACAGAGCACCAAACAAGAAUUCAAAAACAGAGCAAAGCUAGAGUUAUGGCAGCUGAAGAUACUGAUGUUAUCCCCCUGCUCACCCCACACAAAAUGGGGGAAUUCACACUCUCCCACAGAAUAGUAUUAGCACCAUUAACCAGAGACCGCUCAUACAACAACGUUCCACAGCCGCAUGCCGCAUUGUAUUACUCGCAGCGAGCAACCAAAGGCGGCCUCCUCAUCACUGAAGCAACAGGUGUAUCAGAUACUGCUCAAGGGUACCCGGAUACACCUGGAAUUUGGACAAAGGAGCAUGUGGAGGCAUGGAAGCCUAUAGUGGAAGCAGUCCAUCAAAAGGGUGGUAUCUUCUUCGUGCAGUUGUGGCAUGUUGGCCGUGUCUCCACUUAUGAUUACCAGCCUGGUGGCGAAGCUCCACUCUCAUCAACAGACAAGGGAUUAACCCCUGGCUUAUACGGAGUGGAUUGGUCUCCUCCCAGAAAACUAAACACCGACGAAAUCCGUGGCAUCGUCAACGAUUUCAGGGCGGCUGCUCGCAACGCCAUCGAAGCAGGAUUCGACGGAGUCGAGAUACACGGCGCCAACGGCUACUUACUGGAGCAGUUCAUGAAGGAUCAAGUGAACGACAGGACAGACGAAUACGGCGGCAGCCUCGAGAACAGGUGCCGCUUCGCUCUGGAGGUGGCGGCGGCGGUGAGCGACGAGAUAGGAUCGCACAGAGUGGGGAUGCGGCUGUCUCCCUACACCGAUUUCAACGAGGCAGUGGACUCGGAUCCGGACGGCCUUGGGGUCUACAUGGCCAAUGCGCUCAGCAAGCUCGACCUCGUGUACCUCCACGUCAUCGAGCCGCGAGCUGUUGGACCGAUGGAGAUCGAAGGGUGUGCCGAAGAUCAGCUCCUCCCCAUGAGGAAGGCCUUCGGCAACACCUUCAUCGCUGCCGGUGGCUUCGACAGGGCUAAGGGGAAUUGCGCCGUGAAUGAUGACGCCGCCGAUUUGGUGGCGUACGGCCGCCUCUUCUUGGCGAAUCCGGAUUUGCCGGAGAGGUAUCGCUUGGAUGCGCCGCUUAACAAGUAUGAUAGGAACACUUUCUACACUUCUCACCCUGUUGUUGGUUACACUGAUUAUCCAUUUCUUCAACAAGCUAGCAUAGUGUAGUUGCUUCUUUUUCACCGAUUCUCAAUGAAUAAAUGCACGUUAUGAGUGUAGUGUUGUAUGUUUCCAAAUGAUUUGUUAUUGUGUUUGGCAAUGGUCUCCCCAAGUUACAGUUUGUGUUGUAUUAUCUUUAUUUGAUCAUUAUUGAAAGGUGAUUGUGAUUCA